ACGACAAGAACUUCAUUAUCCAGAGUAGCAACAAGAAAAGAGAAAAAGGGAAAAUAAUGAAUCAUUAAAUUGUAAAAUUCCCACGAUACCCCCACUCGCCACGUGUGCAAGGCCCAAGAUCCGUGCAAAGGCUGCUUGUACCUUGUCCUAGCAGCGUUGUACCUAAACUGCGUGUGUGGGAACAAGAUGGAUAAAAAGGCUCCAUAUUUUGGUAGGAAGACUCUCUCUCUCCUCUUCCCUUUUAACAACCGUUGCUGACACCGCCAAGCAAUCCCUUUCUCUCUCUAAAACGCACACAAAUACAUGCAGUGAGGAUAUUAUAUAUACAGCAGUCGUAUGUAUCUAUUCACACGUUUGUUUCGAUAAAUCUGAUAAAUUCGAAAUUAUCCCUCGGUUGUUGUCCUGUUUCUUCAGGUACGAUUAUCCCUCUUUUAUCUGCCCGUGACUUUUGAUUGUUUUAGUCGGUCUGCGUGAUUCAGCAUUGAUUCAAUAAGAUACAUAUCUGACGCGGUUGGAGAAGAGUGUAAUUGAGGUACCAAAUCUUGUCAUAUAUUGUGCUUCUAGCAGGCUUCUUCUUCUCGGCGGUUAGAUACUGAUUGAUUUUGCAUUCAGCCAACCCUGUGCUAUCAGCGUAAAAUAAAUCGCUGUAAGCCUAGGGAAAAUGAUUAUAGGGGUUACUUGAGUAUUGCUGCUUAGGCUUCUCCUGAUAUCCAAAAUCUCAGUGAACUGGAUAAUAUGUUUACUGAGACGUCUUUUGGUGAAAAUGCUGGUGAGAUCAGGGCAUCGUCAUCUCUGGAUGAUCUUGAUUUUGGCGUUGGAAAAUUGUAUGCGUCUCCCGCACCAUAUGAAUCCACUCAUGUGAGAGAUGAUGAAUCAUCUGCUGUAAUGCUCAGAUCAGAUGUUUCAGCCGCUGAUGGUCUUCUUUCACCUUUUGGUUCCAUCAACUUUGCUGAGCAACCAUUGCUGGGGAAUGACAUGGCAAAUAGCCCUAUCAAAAGUGAUUCUAUUGGUUCUAUUUCUGAAGCUAAUCUGCAAGGACAGAGACCCGAUGAGGGACAAAGUUAUAGUACACAUUAUUCCUCUGGUUCUGUGAUGGUUCAGGGUCCAUCUAGAGAUGGAAAUGGUGAAGCUGAGGUUGUUGAUGAAAUUGAGAGGACCCAAAAAUCAAAUGAUCUUAUUGUCUACACAUCUUCUCGGAGGAAUAGUUCUCGCAAUACUUAUGCUAACUUAAGCCAUAAUGAUGAUCCUAAGAAACCAUCAAGAAGUUGUAGGGUGAUUGCCCAGAAAGAUUCACUGUCCGAUUUGAAGUCCUUGCAGACUUCAAGAAGAAAAAGAAGUUUACUCUCCAAGCGGACUAAAUCUUCUGUUUGGGGAUUUGUGGGGUUACCAACUUUUGAAGAAAACAAUGUGCUUAACCCAUGUUUAGGUAAUGGGAAAACAAUAGGGAGAGUAAGAGGUAGUCAAGGGAAGAGCAAUGUUUUCAAGGACCAGACAAGUCAAAAAGCAGCCUGCAAAAGCUCCACUCCAACUGGUCGCAUCUCUUUGAAAAUUAAAUUUGGCAAUAAAAGCUGUGGUGUGGUUAACGUGGCUGAAAAUUGUAACAGUUCAGAGAAAAGCAUUUCCGGUUCAUGUGAAAAAAGUGAAAGUAAGUUUCAGGAAGAUUUUCCCUUGGAGAAUGUGAUAACUUCUGAUGCUUCUGCUUUGGGUGUACAUCUUAAUGUUACAUGUAGUGUAGAAAAUAAAUCCUUGAGUACAUUAAGCGGUCAUCAUGACGAGGGGGAAAAUUUCAGAGCUCUCACUGAGAACAGGUGUUCAGAUCCAGGAACAUCACCUGAUUCUGAAGUUAUAAAUUCUGUUCCUGAUGCUCCACUUGGUGAGAGAGAUAUUCAGGAUCUGCAAGAUAGUCCAAUGAUGCCACUGGAAAGAAGUAACGGGGAAUGCGUUGCAAACUCAACUGCUGGUGUUUCUUUAGCUGGCGUUUCAAGUUUGAAUUUCCCAAAAUUGAAAUCUAGAAAAGGAAAGGAGACAACUGGUGCAGAAACCAAGUAUAAAGUUAGAGCACCUCUAGGUCUUGGACCAAUGCAGAAAGCAGGGGAUAUGUCUAAAUGUGAUGACAUAAUUUCCAGUUGUCCUGCAGACUGUGCCAGGAUGACCAACUCAGAAGCCCCUUGUACUACAUCAAAGAAAGUUUGCAGUGGUUUUGAAUUGAAUCCUUCUCCUGAGCUUUCUGAUGCAACUGAGUCCUCAAAAUCACAGGCCCACAAGUCAUUAAUUUCUUGUGGCAAUGAGAAAAAGUUCCUUAAAUGUUCGAGGGCUAAGGGAGGGUGCAAGAGCAAGAGUGGUAUAUUGGAUUUGCCCCAAAAGAAAAGCAAAUCCUCUAGAAAGAAGGGAGAUAAAAACAACAUUGUAAUUAAGCUUCAAAUUGAUGCGAAGGAUGAUGCAAGUGGUGUUCUUAGCAGAGUGGGAAGCCAUAUGGAAGCAGGAAAUCAAACACUACCUGAUCUUGGAGAAGUUGGAGACAUUAGCACUCAUCCUUCUGAAUCAGGCUUUGUAUCUUCAUCUGGUUGGCUAAAGGGUCAGAACGCUCUACCAAGGAAUGCAUGGGUGCUUUGUGAUGAGUGCCAAAAAUGGCGGCGGAUACCAGCUACACUUGCAGAUCAAAUUGAGCAAACAAACUGUCAAUGGACUUGCAAGGAUAACACUGAUAAAGACUUUGCUGACUGCUCAAUUCCUCAAGAGAAGUCCAAUUCUGAAAUCAAUGAAGAGCUGGAAAUAUCUGAUGCUUCCUGUGAUGAAGAUGCUGGUGAGCCAAAAUCCAAUAAAAGCAAAUCAACAGCUGCUAAACAGUCAUCUUGGACUCUUAUUAAGUCAAACUUGUUUCUCCACCGAAGCCGCAAAACUCAGACCAUCGAUGAGGUGAUGGUUUGCCAUUGCAAACCUCCAUCCGAUGGAAGAAUGGGCUGCGGAGCUAAAUGCCUGAACCGGAUUCUAAACAUUGAGUGUGUUCGAGGAACUUGUCCAUGUGGUGAACUUUGUUCGAAUCAGCAGUUCCAAAAACGGACGUAUGCAAAACUGAAGUGGCUAAGGUGUGGAAAGAAGGGUUUUGGUCUCCAAUCACUUCAGGAUAUCUCCGAAGGACAAUUUCUCAUUGAAUAUAUUGGAGAGGUACUUGAUGUCCAUACUCAUGAAGCCAGGCAGAAAGAGUAUGCUUUACAGGGGCAUAAACAUUUUUACUUUAUGACGCUGAAUGGGAGUGAGGUAAUUGAUGCAUGUGCUAAAGGGAAUUUGGGCCGCUUUAUAAACCAUAGUUGUGACCCUAACUGCCGGACAGAAAAGUGGAUGGUGAAUGGAGAAGUCUGUGUUGGACUUUUUGCUGUUAGAGAUAUUAAAAAGGGUGAAGAGGUAACAUUUGACUACAAUUAUGUGCGUGUAUUCGGUGCUGCUGCAAAGAAAUGUGUGUGUGGCUCACCUAAUUGCCGAGGCUAUAUAGGUGGUGAUCCAACAAAAUCUGAAGUAAUUGUUCAGGAAGACUCAGAUGACGAAUAUGCAGAACCUGUUAUGAUCUGUGAAAAUAGGGAGAUGAAUGAUGAUUGGACUGACAUAAUGUCACAAUCCUUGUUUGAGAAAGAAAUUAAAAGUAAGGCUGAGCUAGAAGAAGACAGAUAUAGAAAGAAGAAUGUUAAUGUUGCUGCUCAAUUUGAGAGCAUCACUUCAGGCACUUCAACUAAAAAAUUAGUUAUCAAUUCUGCUUCCAAUGGAUGCGUUAACACUUCAGCUGCUACAAGAGUUGUGGACAUGACUGUUCGUGAUAAAGACGGACCUGACAAUUCUAUUGGUAAUGAAUUUGCUUCUGAUGCUGCUCUUACACCUCUGGAUACUACUGAAGAGUCCAUGAAUAGUUCUGGAUCAGCUACUUUAAAGGCUGAAUCUGAGAGCCUCCUGUACCAAACCAGUUCUCCAGUUAAGCUCAUGGUAGCUUCUCUCCAGCCAGAGGAAUCUGUGAACAGCACAAUGUCUAAGACUCUGCAUAUUAAUAAUGGGUUGAAGAUGUCAACUACUACAUUACCUGGAAAAUUGCAGCCUGAGGCAGUUGAAUCUAAGAAAAAGUUGAAAUUUGCCACUACGCGAGCAAAGGAGGAAUAUUCAAAGUCUGGUUCUCAUGCAAAGACUUUUCAUUCGUCACCUUCAAUUAGAAAAGGGAAACUUAAAUCUAAUGUUGUGAACGAUAAAAAGACUCCAGAUGGGGAAAAGUUAAAUGCAGUACGCCACAAAUCUAGAAAGUCACCAGGCCUUCCCCUUAACAGUCAUGUUGAAGCAGUUGAGGGGAAAUUAAAUGAGUUGCUGGAUACUGAAGGUGGAAUAAGCAAGCGCAAAGAUGCCUCAAGAGGUUACUUGAAACUUUUGUUUCUUACAGCUGCAUUUGGGAGCAACGGGCACGGUGAAGCUAUUCAGAGUAAUCGAGAUCUUUCAAUGAUCUUGGAUGCACUCUUGAAGACAAAAUCUCGGACUGUUCUGGUUGAUAUCAUCAACAAAAAUGGUCUGCAGAUGUUACACAACAUAAUGAAGAGGUACAGAAUAGAGUUCAUUAAGACUCCAAUUCUGCGCAAGCUUCUUAAGGUACUUGAAUAUCUUGCGAUGAGAGAGAUCCUUACUUUGGAGCACAUAACCGGAGGUCCACCUCGUCCUGGCGUGGAAAGCUUCAAAGAUUCAAUAUUGACCCUGACAGAACAUACUGACAAACAGGUACAUCAAAUUGCACGAAACUUCAGGGAUAGGUGGAUUCCGUGGUCCCUCCGGAAAAAUUGCUUCAUGGAAAUGGAUGAUGGGAAGAUGGAAUAUCGUCAGCAUUCAACCUAUGGCAAGUUAUCAGUAUCAUCAGGAGAUCAUUGGAGCGAUCGAGGUGGAAAACAUGCAGAUUCAGUAGAAUGUUGUGACAAGCUGCCAGUGGUUGUAUCUGGUAUUGAGACUUCAACCCUAGACCACUCCUCUGCUUCUGGUUGUAUUAAUGAAACGAAUGGAACAAGAACACGUAAGCGCAAGAGUCGAUGGGAUACCCCACCGGAGGAAUGCAUGCAUCCCGGUAUUAGAGCCAAUUUGUCAGGUGAUGGAAGACAAAAUGUUGACAAUGAUACUCCUCCCGGGUUUUCGACUCCCUGUAAUGACACAAUCGUCCCAGCUGCUGCUUUUUCAAAUGCUCCUAGUCACCAGGAGAGAGAGACAGUCAUUAAGCAUCAAUCCAGCAUUGUAUUGGCAGAUUCACAGGAUAGAUUUGUUGCAUGUAUGCCUGUAUCUUAUGGUAUACCCUCUUCUCUCGUGCAACAAUCUGGGGUCCUUGAAGGAGAAGCUGCUGAGGUUUGGACUGUAGCUCCAGGUUUGCCAUUCCACCCGUUUCCUCCAUUGCCUCCAUGUGUCAGCAACAAGGGAAAACAGUCAUCGCCAUUAGCUAAAUGUGUUAGUGAACCUCUUGAAAAGACAGGACAAGAUGAUGCUGUGCGUUACUCUGGUAAAAAACGUACAAUGACAUGUAGCUUGGAUACACCGGAAAUGAAUAUUUCAACGGCGCAUCCAAAUUUUCAGCCAGAAGAGGGUUCUCAUGACAUGGGAAGGAAAUACUUCAGGCAGCAGAAGUUGAAUCAUUCAAAAUUUGGUCCACCAUGGCUUCGAUAGGAAAUGGUUGGGGGGACUCGGGUGUAGAUUUCAGAAAUGGGACAAAUCAGUUUGGAGAUUCUUACAGCUCAGAGGAUUUAAACUGGAAAGGAAAAUUCUAAACAGGCAAUUCAUCACUAUUCAUUAUGGAAAGUUAGCAUCAUUUCUAUAGGAGAUUUUUCUAGGAGCUGCUGAAUUGUGUAAUGCUCCUGUACAAUGAGCCGUAAUUCUUGACUGCACAGUAAUACAAUACUGAAAUAUUCUUUUAUUUCUUAAGUUUUAUUCUCAACAGUAGGUUAGAGCCCACCCCUCUUAAUAUUAAUAUGCUUUUUGACAUAGAGCAGGUGAACAUUCUUCACUUUGUAAAACAUUUAUCUUAUGAGAUAAAUUUUGGUUUAUCUCCA